AUGUACAGAUUCCAAGACGUAGCCCGCCCAGCGGCGACGGCGGCCAAACAUUUUGUCGGCGCACCAAUGAGAAUGGCAUCAUCAAUUUGUCCCGGAGAAUAUGCUGCACCGUCGGUCGAAACGUCGGUACCAGGACCAAAGUCAAAAAAACUACUUGCCGAUCUUUCACAAAUUCAGCAAUCCGGUUCGGUUCAGUUAUUCGCGGACUAUAACAAAUCACUGGGAAACUACUUGGUUGACGUCGACGGUAAUGUUCUGUUGGACGUGUACACUCAAAUUUCGUCAAUGCCGUUGGGUUACAACCACCCGGACAUGUUGAAAGUAUUGGAUAGUGAUGAGAACAAAAGAGCCGUUGUCAAUCGUCCGGCGUUGGGUGUGUUCCCAGCUGCCGAUUGGCCAGUGAAACUACGAGGCACGCUGAUGAGUGUCGCACCAAAAGGCAUGGACUCUCUAACAACCAUGAUGUGUGGGUCUUGUUCCAACGAGAACGCGUACAAGAACAUGUUCAUGAAGUACCAGCGGGACAAAAGGGGAGGCACUUCGGACUUCACAGACUUGGAGAAAGAGUCGUGCAUGAUUAACAUGCCACCAGGCGCGCCCAAGCUAUCUAUACUGUCGUUCAAGGGUUCGUUCCACGGCCGCACAUUGGGUGUCUUAUCUACCACGCAUUCCAAGUACGUGCACAAGUUGGACGUGCCCGCGUUUGACUGGCCAAUGGCCAGAUUCCCCGAGUACAAGUAUCCUUUGCACGAGAACCUCAGGGAAAAUGAACAAGAAGACGAACGUUGCUUGGCUGAAGUGGAGGAACUGAUAGAGAAGUGGGAAAAGAAGGGCAACCCCGUGGCAGGAAUCGUCGUGGAGCCCAUCCAGUCGGAAGGGGGAGACAACCACGCUUCGCCGUAUUUCUUCCAGAAACUUCAGAAGAUUGCCAAAAAGUACAACGCGGGAUAUCUAAUCGACGAGGUGCAGACAGGCGGCGGCCCCACCGGUAAAAUGUGGUGUCACGAGCAUUUCGAUCUGGAAACUUCGCCCGACAUAGUUACUUUUAGCAAGAAAAUGCAGACCGGUGGAUACUACUUAAAGAGCGACUUCUUACCCGACUUGCCGUACCGUGUAUUCAACACUUGGAUGGGAGAUCCGACCAAAAUCGUAUUGCUCGAUGCUGUAUUGAAGGUGAUCAAGAGAGAAAACCUGUUGUCGGUGGUCGAAAAGUCCGGCGAUGUACUCAUGUCCGGACUCAGAGACUUGGAAGCAGAGUUCCCAGCACUAAUCAACUCCACCAGAGGCCGUGGUACAUUCAUAACGUUCGAUGCUGCUGACGCAAAACUCCGAGACGACAUCGUCAAAAGACUUUUAACCAAAGGAGUCCAAUCCGGAGGAUGUGGAGUAGUGGGUAUCAGAAUGCGACCGGCGUUGAUCUUUCAACCACAUCACGCUCACAUGUUCAACGACAGACUUCGCCAGGUGUUGGCCGAAACUAAAUAG